UCUGCCCACACGCCGCCGCUCCGCACACGCAGCCCGCAGCCGCAGCGUGACUGCCUGACCCCGGCCGGAUUAUUCACCCCCGAGUCGGGAGGGGACGCAGGAAGCCGCCCGGAGAUCCGCGGCGCGCGGGCGGAGAGGUGGCGGCGGCCGCGGCACAGCAGCAUCGCAGCACCGCAGCAGGGGUCCCCAACCACCGCCGGUUGCCGGAGGAGCCCGGCCAGAGAGGCAGGUUGGUUCUUGUUCAGAUCUCUGCUAGGAGCUGUGAAUAGGGAAGUGGUGGCCCAGAUCUGCACUGUCCUGAAUCAGCCAUCUUCAAUGAAGAUUAAUUUCUUGGUUGUGAAGAAGUGUGAGCGCCUCGUGCCCUAAUGGGGGACUCAGGAUCCAGGCGAUCGACUCUAGUGUCUCGGUUGCCAAUAUUCAGAAGAAGUAUUAGCCGGAGACAUGACUCCCUCCCUUCUUCGCCUUCCUCUGCCAGCACUGUGGGUGUGCACACCUCCUCCCCAUCCAGCACUAACUCCAGCUCAGGGAGCACAGGCAAGCGCCGGAGCAUAUUCCGAACUCCUUCCAUUAGCUUCCAUAACAAGAAGGGGGGGGAGCAAAAGCCUGAUGCCGCCAGCCAGAAUGUUAACAUCUCAAAUGGUGCCCAGCCCUCUCUCAGUACUUUUCAAAAACUGUGCCUGGAGGAACACAUUAAAAGCAGAGGAAGGCAUUCGGUUAGUUUUGGCAGUUCGCGUAGCAAGAAGAUAACAAGGUCUUUGACAGAUGAUUUCGAAAAAGGAAAGGAAUCUUCAGCUAAUAAGAAUGUCUUCAUAAAUUGUAUAAGCUCUGGCAAAAAUGAGGGUGACGAUUCUGGCUUUGUGGAGGAACAGAGCCGCUACUCUGUCAAACAGUCCACACGAAAACUUCUCCCUAAAUCUUUCUCAUCGCACUACAAGUUUUCCAAACCAGUUCCACAGAGUCAAUCAGUUUCUUCUGUGCAGCAGACUGGGUGCAUGCUGGAGAUAAAAUCCUAUGUUGAAAGUGAGCCAGUGAUUGCCACGUCCUCUUCUCCAUGCUCAGCUGAGGUGAUGGAGUGCAUGGGGAGUGCUUUGCAGUCUCCACUGCUCUCGGCUGACCUCACGGCUGUCCAGACCCCCUCUGACUUCAUAACCUUGACGGAGGAUUCUGUUUCAGAGGUUGAUGCUCUGCCCAGCAGUGGGAAUGGCGUGCUGCUAGCAGAGGAUUUUGGCCAUAGUGUCUCUACCUCUCAGAUAAUCUUUAAUCCUGCUGCUGUUCCGGUGAAGGAAAUGGAUUAUGUGGGAAGUCCUUGCCAGUCUGCUGCUGUAUCUCCUGCAAGUCAUGCAAGCUUGUGUAGUGUUGAAUCUAAUACUUUCUUCAAAACUUCAGCUGCUAAUCAAACAAAAGUAUCAUUGCAAGCCAAUGAACUACAUGUUACAGAUGCCAGGCACAAAGGAGAAAUGAACUCAGCAAAGGUGAAUUUAGAAACCUUUGCAUUACAGCAUAAAGAAGAACUGGGGAUGCACUCUCCAGCAGCUAAGGAGUUGAGUGGGGACCAAGAGGAAAUCACUUUCUCCAAGCACAAGAGAGAAACAAUUCCUGUAACAGAGCCUAAGAUUAUUCAGUGUUCUGAAUCACAGUCCUUUAAAACGCAACAGGGAUAUGAAACACAACAUCCUAACGUUGAUCUUGCCAAUAGCUUCAGUCCAUACCGAGAAGGCAGAUUUAUUGAGAAGAGACUCAGAUCCUCCUCGGAAGGCACUGCUGGAAGCAGUCGACUGAUCAUAAAACCAAAGGAUGGCAAUGCAGAAGAACUUAACAGCCUACGGAAGCAGAGAGCAAGCUCAUCCUCUUCAAAAAUGAACAGCAUGGAUGUUUUGAAUAACUUGGGUUCCUGUGAGUUAGAUGAAGAUGACCUAAUGCUUGAUUUGGAGUUCCUAGAAGAACAACAUCACCAUCGUACUGUUUGUCGAGAAGACUCGUACCAGUCGAUAGUCUCAUGUGCUGCUGUAGUACUUACCCCAACAGUGGAUACAAGGAAGAAAGAACAGAUGCCAAAACCUGAAGCGUCUAAACAGAACCUCUCUUUGAAAUUGUCGAAGGAGGUAGAACAAGGAGAAGCCAGGUAUCCCCGAAUUAGCCAGCUGGCUGGCAGCCCAUCUGUGGAGUGGCCUUUUACUGGUUUGGAAGAAGGCGGAGGCAUUGAAUCUUUGCCCUUCAGACUGAUGCUGCAAGAUUGCACAGCUGUAAAGACAUUGCUACUGAAAAUGAAGAGGGUUCUUCAGGAGAGUACAGACAUGAGUCCAGCUAGCAGCACCACCUCACUCCCUGUUAGCCCUCUUCCCGAAGAGCCGUUAUUUUUUAAGGAUGGAAUAAAAGAUGAAUGCUCAAUGCUGAAGCUGCAGCUGAAGGAGAGAGAUGAACUCAUAGCCCAACUUCGUGAGGAACUGGAAAAAGCUCAGUGUUUGCAGAAGGCUUUUGCUUCCCAGGCAGAUAAAUCCACACAGACAGAACUUUUUGGCCAUGAUGCUACAUAUCCAAACAGAAUGGUGAGCCAAAAUCUCAGCACAAGGGACAGAAAGUCAGCACAUAUUCCCACCGAGGACCCUUUUAGAUACUCAAACAGCCAAGCAACGGCCUAUGAAAGCAAGAGCUGUCAACUGUCUAAUUUGUGUCUGAGCAACCUCCUGAAAGAGAAGGAGAUAGUGGAAGUCAUCAAGCAUACUAGAGGAGCCUACGAAGCCCUCACUUCGGAGGCCACCCAGAAUGGUUUGGCCACCACGGCGCCUAAAACAGCAAAGCCUGCAUCUCAGACAGACCGCUACCCACCGUUCUCAGGAGCUCCAAAAGACCAUACUGCUGUACCUCAGCAGCACACCACUUUCACAGGCAGACUUGGACAGCCUCCAAGGGGCCCCAUCUCUUUACAUAUGUACAGCAGGAAAAAUGUUUUCCUUCACCACAAUUUACACACAACAGAGCUGCAGACUUUAGGUCAACAAGAUGGGUAGCAAGGUUCUUGUCUUCUUGCCAUAGAGUGCGAGUUCACUGCAAGGAAACAUAAGCUCACACAGAGCUGAAUAAUAAGUUUUUACCUACUGCUACCUUUACUUGAAAAAAAUAAAUUAAAAAUUAAUGUUCUCUAGGUUUCAUACUUUCCCAUCUGGAACUGUAGGAAAAGGGUAAACUAGAUUGCUACAUAACUAGGUUGAUUUGUCACACAAAAGUCACUAUGGUAGAAUAAAAGGGACUGUUGGGCUGGCAUUGCUGGUCCAAAGUUGGCUGUUUUUUUUUUUUCUUUUGUUUCUAUAAAGCCGCUAACAUCCCCUGAAGUUCUAGAAAGUGGUCUUAAAUAAUAGUGUAUGCUUAAUAAUGUUACUGUUAAAGUAGAUGUGAGGAAUAAAUAGAUAAAUAAUUAGUAAACCCUAUUGAAUUACAUAGAGAGUAAAGAAAUAAAGAGUAAGAAGUCUCUGAACCUCUUAAACCUACAGUGAAAUUUGCUCAUUUGUAGAUGUGUGUUAUCACUUCUUGCUGUACAUGUUUAAUCAAGGCCUCAUGCCACAAUUAGAGGAAGUGACAUUUCUUCAUCUACAUGAAAGAUCACAGAGGCUCACUGGGUAAUUGAAUCAGAAUAAUUGGAACAGAAAGUAAUGAUGACAACUUGAUUUCUCAACCUUCUUUUUCCUCUCCCUACCUUUUUUUAGCUACAUUUGUUCUGGUCUUUUUGUUCUGCAAGUGCACAUCACAUUGAGGUGAUGGUUGUUCUCUGCAGACGCUAUAUCGCUCAUGACACAAUGUCACAGUCUAUGUUACCAGGGCUGCUCCGAAAGUAAUGCUUCCUGUUUUAUUAUGUUAGCAUGUGGUAUCAGAAAUGGAUGUUAGUGGUAUGAUAGAGGUUGAUCCUUUCCAACAGUAUUCCAUUACAUUUUGUUGCCAUGCAACAGAUGGCAGCAGAAGAGCAAUCUGAAAAAAUGGUGUCUGAUGGAAGUAUACACAAAGCAAAGGUGUAUUAAUUCCUUCAUGUGGAAAAAAGGCACCCAUUGACAUUUAUCGAUCCUCACUGAGCAGUUAUGGAGACAAAACAGUGCAUGUGAGCACAAUGAGGUUAUGAGUGAUGUGCUUCAGCAGUAGUGAUGGCAACAGUGGUUUACCCCUGCUGGUGCAGAUGUUUAAGAGCAUUGCAUGCAGGCUCUUGUUCAUCACUGGUAAAAGAUGUAUAGCUAAGGGUUGAAAACUAGUAUUGUGUAGCUGAGAAUUUGUUCUAUCAAUAGUGUUAUUGUGCUCUUUGUAUCUAUUGUAGUUUCCAUGGAGAUAAAAAGCAUUCCUUUCAGAGCAGCCUCUAUAUAAUGGAUUGUAUAACUUCAUUUCACUUGCAGAAUUAAAAAAAAAAAAAAAAAAAAAAAAAAAAAGUGAAAGAUUAUAUUAAGUGAAAUUAUCAUAUUACUGAGUCUAUCUGUGUAAAUCGUAAUUUCUGUGGACCAUAUCUGCACUUCAUGGUGUAUAGUAACUCAGUAGGUUUGCUAGUCUUGACAUGUUAAAUGCAAGUGAGAUGAAGCAACUACUACCUGACAUGCAGCUUGCCGAUCUCAUGGGAACGUGAAUUCAUUUGAUCAUGCUACAGAACCCAAAGGCUUGUCAGCACCAGAAGAACUGGUUCUCCCCUUUUAUAGGGCUUGAAAACAAGUAUCAUGGACAGGAUGCUGUAAAAUGUGGUACAUACUGAACAUGACAGUUUGCAACCUCUCUUAUGGCAGCUAAUCUGUUUGAAUGAUAUUAGGAUGUAUAGUUAGUAGCUUAUAAAUAAUCUGGAUGUUUAAAUAUGACUGAGGCAGAUCUGAGACAAGUCACACCUCUGUUUAACUGGUGAUAGAUAAUGAAAGGCAAGGGAAUAGCACAUUCUCACACAAAGAAACAAACUAGUGUGACAACUAAAGUAGCAAAUGAUGCAAAAAGAUUUUGUAACUUCUAGUAACUUUUAAAGGUAAGUGACACAGGGCAUAUAAAAGGAAUUAAUGAGACAAAUCCUACCUAAUGUUAAACAUAUCUGCUAAACUACUUAAUAUUUAGAUGAAGGCAAGGGUUGGAUACGUUAACAAUUAGGUUAUGAGCUUGACAGAUAUUCUGCAAAGUUCAGCAGCCUAACCUUUCAGAAUUCUAUUUCUUGAGGGUUUUAAUUAGAGCAGAGGAAAUUGAAUAAUGUUAUCUGAUGUUGAAAAGACCCAGUUUUGUCUAAGUAUGUUAUGAUGAUAAUUUUGAGUGUCCUGAGCUGGAUACAUAAGGAUCAGUAUAAGCAUUUGCCAAACGUUUUUUGUGAUUUUAUACAUUUAUGUGUAUAUUGCCAUUGCCAAAAUAGAAAAAAAAUUGCAAACACAGCUUGACCGAAUUAACUAUGGGUUUUAAAGACUCAUAGGCCUGCACUGAAACUGAUAGUUUAAACUCUACCAAAAAGAAAUAGUAAUGACAGAAUUUCACUAUUAAGACUUAUCUUUUUCUCUCAGCAGUCUCUUACAGUCAUGGUAGAUUGAAAGCACAGUCAGUUAUUGAUAACAAUGUAUUUCAGUCUUGCUAAUCUCAAGAAUUGAUGUAUGCAAUUAUAUUUCAGAUCUGUACAUAAAUUAACAUAUAUUGCAAUCAAGGGUAUUUUUUCCAGGACACAGAUAUGCAACAACUACAUUUAAAAACAAAAUAAUAAUAAAAAAGAACAAAACAAAACAACAGCAAUUAAAAAAAACAAAACAAAACAAACAAACAAAAAAAAACAACAACUCUUUAAUUCUAACUUUAUACUGUAUCUGUAGUUGUUUUUUUUUCCUGGAAAAACAGACUUUUGGAUUACAUUUUAUUAAAUAAAUCCAUCUACAUAUUAAAAAGAAAAAUAAGAAAAAAAAGAAAAAGAAAAAUACAUUUUAAAUGCUACUAUUUUCUUGGAAAAUCUUUUAUAAAGCUGAAUCUUAAAAAAAAAAAAAAACUGAAAAAAAAAACAGUUCAAUUAAAGUGAGGAAUAUUUUUAAAAUGUCAUCUUGAAACUGUUUUGUAUCAGUAUUUUCAGCACUGUUAUUUGUAAUACUAAGUGUAAAUCUCACCCAGAGAAGGAUAUUAGCCACAUGUUAAUAUACAGUAUGACAGUAACUGUAAGACAGAGGUCCUUUGUUUGAUCCUCUUGUGUACAUACUAAAUCAUAAAGCAAUGGCAUGUGGACAUUCUUUCAGUAAAUUGAUUCCUUUGUAUUAAAAAUCUCUAGUUUUUUAAGAGUUUCAUGUAUAGAAUGAUUUAUACAUUUCUCCAAGGCUGUACAUAUCCAAAGACAUGACACCAGGGGAAAAGACAUUAUUUUUGCCACAGAAGUACCUUUUUUUUUUUUUUUUUUUUUUUUUUUUUUUUUUUUUUUUUAAUUAAAGUUCCUGUACGUGAAGCAUAACUGUAAGAUUUCUACUGAAAUUUUUCUUCUUGCUACUUUCAUAUUUUAUGGUGUUAUAGAGGGCAUUUUAAGAAGGAGGAAAUCCCUAAAGAAAAGCUGCUUCCGUUUGAAUCAGUAUCCCAUUUUUUGAAGCAGCCACUUGGCACAAGAAACAUUAUAUGUGCCCUAAAUACUUUUCAGUGAUACACAUUGUAUGGGAACUGCUGAAUCACAGCCUGAGCCUCUGAUUGACCACCUGAGGCGAGCAAUGAGUCAGCCAUGGGAGCACAGAUGAAGGCAAUUCACCUGUGCUACUGAAAGGGGUGGAGUUUUGCUCCACUUCUCCUAGACCCCAUUUAAGAGCUGACUACAACAGUGGAAGGAUCUCUUUUGGAGAUCGCUUCUCUUAGAGUUUUCUCAGCAAGUCCAGGGUAAGGGUAAGUUUUCCAUCUGUUUUUCUUUAGCACAGUAGCCUGUUUAGCCUAACUUUCGUGUGUAUUUUUUAAUUAUAACAUCUGUGUAUUCAUUCAUUAUACACGUGUGAAGUGGUGUAUUGUCUUCAUUAUGAUCCUUACUUCCCUAAAGUAAUUACAUUCUACAAUAUACAUUUUAUGCAAUCACAGGAUGGCUUGGAUUGGAAGGGACCUUAAAGCCCACCAAGUUCCAACCUCCUUGCUACGGGCAGGGUUGUCAUCCAUGGGAUCAGGCUGCCUAGAGCCUUAUCCAACCUGGUUGCUGAGUAGUAUGCAAUAAUAUACUAGGACCAAUCUUAAUUAUAAAUUAAUAAGAUGGAAGGAAAGCACCCAUCCAGCACAGUUCUUUUCUUUGGUUUUCAAAACACUGGAAGAGUUGUUUUUGUUUGGUUGUGUUUGUUUGUUUUAUUUCUGUAUUACUUGUGUGUGUGUGUGUGUGUGUGGAUUAAGUAGAAAUGGUAAUUCUAUACUGGAAGGAAAAGUCUUUCCAUAAAAUCCCUCCAUGUUUAGGGAAUUUGGUAGCAUCAGAAAGCAUUCCGUAGGAUGAACUUUUGCUUCUAUAUACAAAACAAAGCAGAUAGUGAAGGUUCUUUUUUUUUAAAACCUAGGCAUUUUUGUUAAUUGCUUUUACUUCCAGAAUACACACAUAUAUGCCAAAUGGGCUUUCUUAUAUGUCUUUCUUUCUGAUAGCUUUGAUAUUAAGUUUUUCCUGACUAAGAUUUUUGCAUAUUUGGAGCAUUUGAAAGCUUACUCUGGCUUUUCAGGUUUGUCACGCAAGUGCAUUCUAGUCGCUACCUAAAAAUUGGUGACAUCGUCUUUCCCAAAAGCUAGCGAUUUCUGACUGCUCUUAUGGUGUAACUGUUAUGUCUUCACUGGUUUGAUCAGCACACCAUUGACCUUAAUUAAGUCACACUGAGUGCGUCACCUGAUAACUGGGAUUGUGGCCCUUCAUGCACAAACUGUCUCAAGUUAUGUGGAAAAGGAGAUCUCAAAAAUUUGAUCCAACAGAAACACCAACUCACAAUCUAGGAAAAAUUUAAUCUUUUUUUCUUUCUUUGUAGUAGUAUUCAGAAAUAAAAUAACAGAGUACCAUCAACAAAACAACCACAGCAGCAACAAAAACACCAGAAAACUUCUUAUACAAUUCCAAAGAUCAUAAAUGAAAUCCCCUCAUACAGUAGAGUAACGGUAACUUCUAGCAAAACUUUGAAAUACAUCUGAAAAUCCACUGCAGUCUUCUUACAAAAUUGUGGAGUGACUGGAAAAAUGAGGGUCUGUAUCUGAGUGCAUUAAUGAAAUAUUUCACAGCCUCUUUUUUUUUCGAAGUCUACUGAUGAUUAUUUAUUUAUUUACUUAUUUUCUGAAGGAACACUUGCAGUUUGAUGCUUAUGCUAGAUAAAAUAUAGAAUACAGUUUGAUUGUAUGCUGAGGAAAGUGAUGGGGGCUUCUCUCAUCUUGGAGGAAUGUAUAGUGUCUUCUCUAGGACUCAUUUUAAUCUUCUGCUGUCAGCAAGAACUUGGCAGAAGCCUCUCAGGAAAAGAGCAUUCUCAAAUCAUAUGGGCCAUAGCUGCCUUUAUAUUCACUUUCCUUUAGCAUGUUCUACAUAAGGCACUCCUGACAUCAUUUGGAAAUUUCAAGAAGCUGCAAAAUGUGUUUCACUGGGAUUUAGCCAAUCAAGUCAAAGAUAAAAAUGUCAUAUGCUGCUUUAAACCUAGUAAACUCUAGUUGUUUGUAUCAUGCUUCCUCGCAGAUUUUUUUGUCCAAGUUUUGAGAACAUGUACACUGUGAUGCUCAUGAUGCUAACUUCUUACAGUAUAAGAGACAUUGGAAAUCUGUCCUCUGAGGGGCUCAAGAUUUGCAGUUUAUUUCCUAGGGCAACUGUGUGAACUUCAAGGAUUUUCUGUUGUUGCAAAAGUAAUGGUAAGGGAACUUAUUUAUUAUUUAUUUUAGAAAUAUUUCAUGGUUGUGGUUUUUGGGGUUUUUGUUUUUUUUUUUAUUUUUAUUUUUGUUGGAAUAUACUUAAAAUAUUAUUGGGGAAAAAAAAUUCUGUAACUUAUUAGCAUCAAUUUCCUGUAAGUUCUUAGUAGCCGUGGUUGUCACUUGCAUUUUGUAGUGCUGCUAAAUAUUUUCGGAUGUGCCAUUUUUGUUGCCUUCGUUACCAGCAAAUCUUACUCUUUUUAUUGUUUUUGCCCUCAGUCCUGUGUUAAAGAUACAGAGGACUGUUGAGAAUUUCUACGCAAGUAAUCCUGCCUAUAUAAAGUAGAGCAAGAAUAAACUUACUUGAAGGUCUCUAUGUGAUCCCUGGAGAUUGAAAAUCUAUUCAGUUUGAUCUGAACUAGGCAACAUUCGAGAGACCCUGAUGGAUGUGACAAGUGUCACUAUCUGUUGGUUUCCGAAAUCUUUAUAGACACGACAGAGAAUAAAAUAUUCCACAAAUAAAGGCUUUUGUUGUGUACGAAUAAUGUUGCCUUAUAUUUUGCAUUUUGACCCUUGCUGUGCCUCUCUUUCAGAAAUAUUUUGUAUAGAUACAUGCAUAGGCUGACUAUGCAGACAGGCUACGCAACAUCACCAUUUCUGCUUUAAGAAGGCUCCUCUGGAUUCUCUUAAUAUCUGUUCAGUAAAAUGUUUAAACUAUCCAGAAAGAAUCUCAAGCACCUAUGUAGACAAAUAUAUUACAUGAUUUGAUCCCAUUUUCAUCACACUGGAAAAGCCCUAGUAGCGUAAGUAUAAUGUAUAUGGGUAACAACAGUAUUAGUGGAAUUAAAAUUUAUUUUUAUUUUUACAUUAUGUCAGUGCACUUUAUAUGAGGGCUUAAUGUGAAUUACGAGCUAGCUUGCAUUAAUUUUCUUAACAAAACUUGACUUAAACAGGGUUCAGAACUUUCUGCUUAACUUUAAGCUUGUAAGAAAUCUCCUAAAUGUAAAAAUGAAAAAAAAAAAAAAAAAAAUCUGAUUCUUUGGAAAGAUAACAAACAAAUAAUAUAUUUUCUAACAUAAACAAUUUCAUUCUUAUUUAUUGUUUGAAAGGUAUGAUAUAUAAAAAGUGUAUUUCAUUUUGUAUAAAUUCUCUUCAAGGCUCACAGAUAAGUAGAAAAGAUAAGAAACAGCCUUCCUGCUUCACUCCAGUUAUAACAUUGUGCUUUGUUUUCCAAAUCAUUAAUUUUUUUUCAGUAAUCUGUCUGUUUCUUUCUCUUGGCUAAGAGUUUGAAAAGAGAUAAUGAAAGGACUUUGUAUAUAUUCCGCACGUUGCAUGUAGAGAUAAUCAAUGUUACAUGAAGAAUAUAAGAAAUCAGAAUUCUUAGUGAUGCGUCUGAUGUUUAAGCAAGUUGCUCAACAGUAUAUAAAAUCCAUGUAAAUGGAUGUUUUGUAACUGGGAAAAAAUCUAGUGAAAGGUAAAAGGUAGCAGGUUGAUAGCUGUUUUUCCUUAUAUAUCUGUUUUCUUUGAGUUAUGUUAAAGUAAUAUUUGUAAAAUAAACCUCUUGGAGUACAGAAAAAUGAUUGCUCAACAGCACCAAGUAUGGAUAAGGGUAAUUCCAUGUACAAGAAAAUUUACGUAUUUUUAUUACCAUAGUAUUAUGUUUGCUUGAAGUAUAAGCAGAACAGCACCAACACAUUUUAACAAAGAAAAGAAUCAGAAGGAAAGAGUGUAUUUAUCUAAAACACCUUGCGCAUCAUGUAGUCCUUUCUAACUUUCCAAAAUAGGUUUAUAUAACAGUACUUCAUGAGGACAUAGUAGUGCCAUUAUGCUAGGUAUCUAUGUUCUCUAAAUAACAAGGUAACAUUGAAGGUGGCCAUGAUCCAGAUCGUGUAUCGAGAUAAACGAUAAACAGUGUGGCCUAUGCAAAAUUCAAACUGAUAUGGUGAGAUUAUAUGGUUUUGAAAAUUAUACCUAUUCUUUAAUUCUAAAAAAGGUCAGUAGAGUGCUUUAGGCAUUUUUAUUAUUAUUAUUUUUAUUCUAUUGAACUACAAAGAAUUCUGCUUUGUUUAUUAGCCUUAGAAAUUUUAUAUGGGCCUUUUCUUAUAGUCUGACUAUCUUGCUGUUCAGGAUGGCAAAUUGUUAGAACUAGUUGCCAAUAUAAAAUUUGAAGGACUAAUUAUAUUUGUAUUAUAUUAUACUAAACAUCCAUUUAGUUUCAACAACACUGCAGCAAUGCUGUAAACAGUUUCUUAAAUGUAUUUCAAAAAAACAAUGUAUAUUAUAUGAAUUAAGGGCUUUAAAAAGUUACAAUGAUGAUAACUGGAGAAAAAUACUCACAUAAAUAUUAAGAAUCAAGUAUAAAUAAAUACAUCAUUGGAGAAUAUGGAAAAAAAUAUCAGUUCUAUAUGAGGCAAUGGAAGACAUUUUGCUGUUCACGAUUUCAUGCUGAUGAUUCAGAAUAUAACUUAAAUUUUAGAAGAAGGAAAUUCUAAUUACUUAAAAAGGUAAUUUAAGAUCAAGUUGGGGUCACGUAUACAGUAUUGAAGGUAUCUGAUCCCCCAGUAAUUCAUUUUCAGUUAAGUUCAGAGAAAAACUUGUAUCUAAGGUCUCAGUGGACAGGUUCAUUGGUGAUUUUUAGUGUUUACCCUACAAAGCCAAGAAUUAGUUAAAUCCCAAUUUUCAUUUGAGAGAUAAAUAUUACUAUAAUAUUUAAAAACUUGAGGAAUAACACUGUCUAGCAUCUGAUUUAUCACCAUAUUCUCUGAUUUUUUUUUUUCCUCAUUUGUAUUGUUUUAAUAGUUUAUGUUACUCAUGUGCAAUAAGAACCUGAUUGUUUCAAAUUUUACCUUUGUGCACUGACUUAAAAAAAAAAAAAAAACCACAACCAACAAACCAAAAAAUAAAACCACACCAAACAACAACACAGCCUUUGGAAGCAAACACUUUUGUCUCUGAAAAAUAUCAAGCAGCAUUCUUUUGUGUUUUUUUAAUUGGAUUACUGAGGAUGUAAUUGCUGUGAGUUACUUUGAAGAGUUAUUGCACUUCAUUAAACAAUCCUACAAGAUUGUAUUCAUAUUAUUUAAUGGACAUUUGUUUGUUCUUAUUUCUAGUUGACAUCAUUUUUACUUUUACAUUUUAUGACAAAAAAUGUAUAUUUUUUGAAUAUUUAUGUGAACUUUUAAUUUUAGAUGUUAUUGUAGAACUGUACAUCAGUAUUUCCAUUCCUAAAGUUAAUAUAAAGGGCUCUUACACUUUUAUUUCCCUUCUUCAAAAAAUAAAAAAAUAAAAAUUGGUUAAUAAAAAUCCUGUGUUAUUCUAUGAUGAUC